UAUUAUAUUACUACAAUAAGAUUCAUAAUUUUCCUAUUUUUCGUCAUGGGAGUUUCUUCUGAUAACUGUAAAAUAUCUUGGAUGGAAACAGGACAUAAAGUGUUAGAAUCACCAUAUAUUCUUCAACUAUCAAUAGUUAAUACUACCGGGGAUUUACGUACUUACUUUCCAAAUACGUUCUACGAUAUUACAAUAAAAACAAAAUUAAAAAAUCAUACUUUCACACAAUUUUACUUUAAAAUCCGAAAUAAAAACAAAUCCAUGAAUUAUGGAACAUUGAAUUUACGCGAAAAAGAAUUGUCAAUGUUUCACAACAAUCCGCAUUGCAUUAAUAGAAUUAUCGAUGGACCAGUGUCACUUGCUAAAUUAAGUAUAAUAAUUGGUUGGGAAAGUCCAUCUGUAAACAGUGGUUGUAUUGAAAUCAGAGCAGUCAUUAAAGAAACAGAUUUAAGAUAUCAUAUAGUAAAUAGAACAAUUUGCGAGGAUCCACGAGUAGUUUUGGAUAAUGCAGGUGAAAUUUUAAAAAAUUGUUGCGCUUGCGACGAGGGUAAGUAUGAAUUGACAUUUGAAGGACUUUGGUCGAGGUACACACACACGAAAUACUUUCCUCAGAAGGAAUGGUUAGCAGUUUUUCCAACGGUCAUUGGAGCUUCUCAUAUGACUAAUUAUGAAUUUUGGCGUCCUUAUACGAAAGCUAGCAAAGGUUUAAUUAAAUAUGCAGAAACUGGAGACACAGUGGACUUAGAAUUAGAGCUUAAAUUGAACAAACGAAGAAUAAGCACUUUAAUCAAAUUUCGCGGUGCAAACUUUCAAAAUAAGACUAACAAAUCUUUUUCAAGUGUCAGGGUGGAUACAAAGAAACACGUCGUAUCAUUAAUUGCUAAAAUAGAACCAUCGCCUGAUUGGUUCGUCGGCGUAUCAUCGUUAGAGUUGUGCCAACCUGACUGCACAUGGAUUAAAAAUAAAAUCUUGAAUUUGUACGCAUACGAUGCUGGAAGUAAAAAUGGUAUGUUAUAUGAAGAUAUUGAAGAUAAUACGGAACCCCAGGAUGUAAUUCAAAAUUUGAAUACAACUUGGCCAGUACCUCAAAAUAAUAUAGAGUCGCCAUUUUACGAUGAAACCAAUAAUACGCAUAAUGUAAGACCUCUUGCAAGAAUUUACUUCACACGAUUAAAGGGCUCGGAAAAAGAUUGCCAUAACGUCGAAAUAUUAGAGGACUGUGUUUCUUCGUGGAGUAAGUGGAGCGAAUGUUCUGCCGAAUGCGGUAUUGGUAUCUCAAAGCGAUCUAGAUCUAUAAUUGAAUAUUACAAUGAGAAUAAUUGCUCAUUACCACUGGAAGAGUCAAAAACUUGUCAAAAAGCAAAUCACAAAUGUAUUGAAAAUGUCUCGAAAGAAGAUUGCUCUUUAACCGAUUGGGGCGAAUGGACAAAAUGUGUACAGAUCUGUGGCCAAGAGUCAAGAAAGCGCGUGCGUUCUUUCAAAUGGUAUGAUUAUCAAAAAGCAUGUACCGAAACGUAUGGUAAUAUGAUUUUAGAAGAAAAAAGAGAUUGCGGUAAUCCACCUUGUCCCAAUGAUAAAUUUGAGUGCGUAGAUGGACGAUACAGUAAUUGGAUGGAAUGGUCUCCCUGUACACAUAUAAAAGGAAAUGGAAUCAAAUUUCGCUAUAGAACAAUUAAGGAACACCUUAAGAUAGUUGAUCUUGACGAUAGUAUAGAUUAUGGUUAUAAUUCCUGCCUUUAUGAUACAACUUUAUGUGAAAUCUCAGAUAUUCCUUCAAUCAAUAAUUCUAUGAACUCAAAAAGCAUUCGAGAAUUCUCCGAAUUGAAUGAAGAAGUAGAAAAAAAUGCUCAUUCUGUAAAAGUCAUGGAAAAGCCAGAUUAUUGUUUAUUACGCGUUGACGAAGGGUAUUGCUUGAAUGGAAAUAACGAUAACUCGCACAAAUAUUAUUAUGAUCAAUCUAGAGGUACGUGCAUGCCAUUUCGAUAUACUGGCUGUGGUGGAAACAAUAAUAGAUUUAACGAUGAGAAAGCUUGUAAGCAGGCCUGCAUAAUACAUGGGCGAAAAAUAGACUGCGAAAUGUCAAUGUGGAGUGCGUGGUCUAUUUGCAAAAGCUGCAACGGCUUUCGAAGUAGAGAAAAAACUAUUUUGAUUCAUCCUGAAAAUGGGGGAAGAAUGUGCCCUCUUACAAAAAUGCACAGAGAAUCCUGCAGUAAAUCAACAAUAUGUCAAGCACAACAGCGAUAUACCAUUAGCUAAGAAAUUUUUUGUUACAUUUUAUAUCGUUAAAAUAAUAAAUUUAAUUUUAUGAUGA